ACAUCAAGUUGGUGCUCUCCCUUUUGUCAAAAAGUCACGUUGUUUGCAAGUGAAACACUUUGUUGCGGAUAAUUUAGUGAAAUUGCAAAAUAAUUAAAUAAAACAUGGCCCUACACGUACCUAAAGCACCGGGUUUCGCCCAGAUGUUGAAAGAAGGAGCAAGGCAUUUCUCUGGUUUAGAGGAGGCCGUCUACAGAAAUAUUACCGCCUGCAAAGAAUUCGCACAGUCCGUGCGUUCUGCAUACGGUCCAAAUGGCAUGAACAAAAUGGUCAUUAAUCACAUUGAGAAGCAAUUUGUUACAAGUGAUGCUGCAACAAUCAUGAGGGAAUUGGACAUUGAGCACCCAGCUGCCAAACUCAUGAUCAUUGCCAGUGAAAUGCAAGAUGCUGAGGUUGGUGAUGGUACUGCUUUUGUUGUCAUCUUAGCUGGAGCCUUAUUGGAAUGUGCUGAAGAAUUACUCAGGCUUGGUGUCACACCUGGUGAAGUAGCAGAAGGCUAUGAAUUGGCUGUUGAAAAAUGUUUAGAAAUCCUUCCAAGUUUGACUUGCUUGGAAAUCAAAGAUUUCAGGAAUGAGGAAGAAGUUGUAAAAGGAAUCCGCACCUCAAUCCAAUCAAAACAAUAUGGACAUGAAGACUUUUUGGCAAGAUUAGUUGCCAAGGCUUGUGUGUCCAUCCUCCCAGAGCAGACCACAUUCAAUGUUGACAAUGUGAGGGUAUGCAAGAUCUUGGGAUCAGGUCUUUUGAAGUCUGAGGUUGUCCAAGGUAUGGUGUUCAAGAGACAGGUGGAGGGUGAGAUUACCAAUGUUAAAAAGGCGAAGGUGGCUUUGUACAGUUGCGCAGUGGACAUCAUGCAAACUGAGACCAAGGGAACCGUUCUGAUCAAGACCGCCGAUGAGCUGAUGAACUUCAGUCGCGGGGAAGAGAACAUGCUCGAACUUCAAAUUAAGGCUAUCGCCGAUGCUGGCGCUAAUGUCAUCGUCGCCGGAGCAAAAUUCGGAGAUAUGGCUCUGCACUUCAUGAACAAAUACGGCAUGAUGGCUGUUAGGUUGAACUCGAAAUUCGAUCUUAGGAGAUUGAGCAAAACUGUUGGAGGAACUGUGCUGCCUAGGAUGACCGCACCGUCUGCCGAGGAAAUGGGAUACUGUGAUUUCGUCUCCGUUGAGGAGAAGGGAGACACACCUCUGGUAAUUUUCCGCAUGGACGGCAAGGAUUCUAGAAUCUCGACCAUCGUUAUCCGUGGAGCAACCGAUAACUACAUGGAUGAUAUUGAACGUGCCAUCGACGAUGGUGUGAACACUUUCAAGAGCAUCACCAGGGAUGGCAAGUACUUGCCGGGCGCUGGCGCCACAGAGUGCGAAUUGUCGAGGCAGUUGGCUCAAUACGCAGACACCCUUCCCGGUUUGGAGCAGUACGCCGUCAGGAAGUUCGCCACUGCUUUGGAAAUGUUCCCCAAAGUGUUAGCCGACAACAGCGGUCAUAAGUCCACAGCCGUAGUCGCUAAACUGCUCGAAGAGCAUUUGGCCGGCAAGAAAAACUCCGGCGUCGACAUCGAAUCAGAGAGCAGCACUUGUGACGCCGUUGCCAAGGAAAUCCUUGAUCUCUACGUUUGUAAAUAUUGGGGAUUGAAAUACGCCACAAGCGCGGCAGCGACCAUCCUCAGGGUGGACCAGAUCAUCAUGGCAAAGAGGGCUGGAGGUCCAAAAGCCCGCAAGCCGGCCGGCAGCGAUGACGAAUCUUAAAUAAAACACCGAAAUAGCCUUACUUCAUAACUAAUCAUAUUCCCUUUAAUCACUCACGAAAUGUUCAUUUUGCUUUGCAUUUUAUUUACAACAUAAUUUAAAUAAAAAAAGGAAAAA